GGCGAUUGCACACACAUAUAAAUAAUAUAUAUAUAAAAUAUCAACAAGUUAAGUUCUUUCCCAUCCUUUUCCCCCUCUCCGCCAUCUCAAUCUAUCUUCUGUUUUCGAGAUCGAGCUUGUGCUGUUGAAGAUUUCGAUCGCGUUGACAGUCUACUCCCCUCCGCCAUUUUCUCACGAGCUGGUGAUUUGAUUGACUGUUAUUUAUUAUUAUUUUAUUUUAUUUUUAUUUUUAUUUUGGCAGCUUGGUUCGAAGCCGUGGGAUGAUGGGAGUUUGAUUUCUUCUAUUUAAUUCGUUUGCAAAAAAGUAAAUGCGAGACAAAAUUUCUCCCUUCCUUUCUCCACCCGCAGUCAUCUGAUUCGAUUCGUUGCUGAAAUUCGCAAAUGUUAUCCAUUCGCGAAUCUUUUUUUUCCCCUUUACUUUUGAUCCUUUACCUUCUUAUUCUGAGUUUUCGAACCGUCUUCAGUUUGAUUUCUGUUCGUCGUUUGGUUGUUAGCGAGCUGUAAAGGUAGCGAAGGAAUCGAUCAUGGACAUUAUAAUCCUUCCCUGAUUUCUUGUACUAGUGCUUAAGUAUAAAGAGAGGAAAAGAAAAAUCCAAACUUGGAGCUCCUUUUUUGCCAUAAUGGCGUCGAAAUCUUACUCUAAUCUGCUGGAGUUAGCCUCCGGCGAGUCCCCUUCCCUUGGGCGGAUCAGCCGCGGCAUCCCCCGGGUGGUGACGGCACCCGGCAUAGUUCCAGACCUUGAUGAUUCCGACGACGACGACGACAAUGCAUCUUCCGAGCGAUCGUCCCUGUCGCUGCCGCGUGACCGCACCAUCAUCGUCGCCAACCAGCUUCCUAUCCGCGCCCAACGUCACCCGGAGAACCACAGCUGGAGCUUCUCCUUGGACCAAGACUCCCUCCUCCUCCAGCUGAACGAUAGCAUGAGCGGGCAUGCCGAUAUGGAGUUUGUAUACGUGGGCUGCCUUCGCGAGGAAAUCCCAGUUCCCGAGCAAGACGAGGUUUCUCAGACACUGCUCGAAUCCUUCAGAUGCGUGCCUGUCUUCCUCCCGGGGGAUCUACGCUCUCGGUUCUACCAUGGCUUCUGCAAGCAGCAGCUAUGGCCUCUCUUCCACUACAUGCUCCCGCUGUCGCCCGACCUCGGCGGCCGAUUCGACCGCAGCUUAUGGCAGGCCUACGUAUCAGUCAACAAGAUCUUCGCCGACAUGAUCCUUGAGGUGAUCAAUCCGGACGACGAUUUCGUUUGGGUUCACGACUACCAUCUCAUGGUCCUUCCGACUUUCCUAAGGAAGCGGUUCAACAAGGUGAAGCUUGGAUUUUUCUUGCACAGCCCUUUCCCUUCCUCUGAAAUCUACAGAACGUUGCCGGUAAGGGAGGAACUUCUACGAGCUCUGCUGAAUGCCGACCUAAUCGGAUUCCACACGUUUGACUACGCACGCCAUUUCUUAUCCUGUUGCAGUCGAAUGCUCGGCCUCAGUUACGAAUCCAAGCGAGGGUACAUCGGAUUGGAGUAUUAUGGCCGCACAAUUAGCAUCAAGAUACUGCCUGUCGGGAUCCAUAUGGGUCAGCUUGGCUCUGUGUUAAGCCGUCCAGAGACAGAGGCCAAGGUUGCAGAGCUCACCGAGCAGUUCAAUGGUAGAGGCCAAGUAGUGCUGCUGGGAGUCGACGACAUGGAUAUAUUCAAGGGAAUCAGCUUAAAGCUUUUGGCUUUCGAGCAGCUCCUCGUGCAACACCGAGAGUGGCAGGGAAGAGUGGUUCUGGUUCAGAUUGCGAAUCCAGCGAGGGGACGAGGGAAGGAUGUGCGAGAAGUACAGGCCGAGAGCUAUGCAAUGGCGAAGCGAAUCAAUGGAGCUUUUGGAUUGCCUGGCUACAAGCCUGUGAUACUGAUCGAUAAGCCACUCCAAUUUUAUGAGAGGAUGGCUUACUAUGUGGCUGCCGAGUGCUGUCUGGUGACAGCAGUUAGGGAUGGAAUGAAUCUCAUACCUUACGAGUACAUUGUAGCUCGGCAGGGGAACGAUAACCUGGAUAAGGUUUUAGGCUCGAGCUGUGCCGGUGCCGUCCCGAAGAAGAGCAUGCUUGUCGUAUCAGAAUUCAUCGGUUGUUCUCCUUCGCUUAGCGGGGCAAUUCGGGUGAAUCCUUGGAACAUUGAUGCAGUGGCUGAUGCCAUGGACUCUGCCUUAGAAAUGGGUGAAGCCGAGAAACAGUUACGGCAUGACAAACACUACAGAUAUGUGAGCUCGCACGAUGUCGGGUAUUGGGCCAAGAGCUUUUUGCAAGAUCUUCAGAGAACUUGCAAGGAGCAUAGCCGAAAGAGGUCUUGGGGAAUUGGAUUUGGUUUGAAGUUCAGAGUUGUGGCUCUGGACCUCAACUUCCGAAAGCUUUCUAUGGAGCAUAUUGUCUCUGCAUACAGGAGAACCAGUUCUCGAGCCAUCCUUUUUGAUUACGAUGGUACUCUGAUGCCGCAGACAUCCAUCUACAAGUGCCCGAGCGCCAAGUCUAUCGAAAUUUUGAACACAUUGUGUCGCGACAAGAACAAUCUGGUCUUUCUAGUGAGUGCACAGAGCCGAAGCACCUUGAGCAGCUGGUUUUCUCCUUGUGAGAAUCUUGGAAUUGCAGCAGAGAAUGGCUAUUUCUUUAGGCUAAGGAGAAAUGCGGAAUGGGAAGCAUGUAUUCCAGUGGCAGAUCAUAGCUGGAAGCAAAUUGCCGAACCUGUGAUGAAGUUGUAUACUGAAACAACCGACGGUUCGACCAUCGACAACAAGGAAACUGCACUUGUUUGGAAUUAUGAGGAUGCAGAUCCGGAUUUCGGGUCUUGCCAAGCUAAGGAACUCCUGGAUCAUCUCGAGAGUGUGCUCGUCAACGAACCUGUGUCUGUGAAGAGUGGGACAAACAUUGUCGAAGUUAAACCACAGGGUGUGAAUAAGGGUUUAGUGGCUCGACGACUACUCUCUGCGAUGAAGGAGAGGGACCUGUUACCGGACUUCAUUCUCUGCAUAGGUGAUGAUCGGUCCGACGAGGACAUGUUUGAAGUGAUUGCCAGUACUGUGCCUAGUUCCUCAUUGUCGCCGGCGGCUGAAGUAUUUGCUUGCACAGUCGGUCGGAAACCAAGCAAAGCCAAGUCCUACCUCGAUGACACAGCAGAGAUUGUUAGGCUGAUGCAGGGUCUGGCUUCUGUUUCGGAUCAAACUCCAGGGAGCCAAAUUCCAUUGGGACACUGAUAUUUUUUCUUGCUUUUCGGUUUGAUUUUGUAAUGUAACCGCAUGGCAUCGAUGAGGUUCUCUCUGAUGAGUGCCUAUUGCCGAUCUGUUACUUGUUUUACUCUCUAAUUUGUGACCAUUUUGUUGUUCU